AUGGAUUUAUCCGACAGUCCCUUUCGCGACCUAGAUGUUACCGCAGACUGGUCCGGUGAUCCCGCUGACCAGGUCGAGGUCAAAAUUGUGUUGGAGGUUCAAUGUGUACCCUAUCUUGACCGAACAAUCUUAAAUGCCCAUAAAAGCCGAGAUUUGAUCCUCAGCACCUCAAUCGAACCUGUUUCCUCAGAUCCAAGCCUGCACGCUCGACUUCAGGAAGAGGAGAAAUACACCGACGCAAAUACUCUUUCUCCCACGACUCCACGUUUCGUCGGGAAGAAGCCGGUGAAGCGUCGGGGUUGGCCUAAUCGGGACUUAUUCGAGGAGUUCGAGGAGAAAGACAGUAUCGUUGUUCCUGAUAGCCCGGGUGAUGAUUUCCACGGCGCAACUAUCCUUACCCAACCAUUUGUCAACAACGAAAAGAGCGAAGUUAAGACACCAAACGUGAAGCAUCCCGUGGAUAUCGAUGAAAAGUCCCCUCUAGACCCAGCCCGUCAUUCCCGAAAAAGAAGUGCGACGACUGCCUCUCUGCCUGAUUCGAUCUCAGACUCGGAUCGUCCUUAUGGAGGAUACAAGCAUAAAGCCAGUGUCUCUGCGAUGGAUCCUCCGAGCUCAUCCAGUGGUUCCACAUCAACCAAGUCAAUUCGCCCGAGCUUGAUUCCUAGACCAGUCAAUGCGCUUCAUUCGCAUAGUAUGUCUUAUCACCCUGGCUCUUCGGGUUCACGAGUGAAGAACUUGAUGAGGAAGUUGGGCUCUCCGGAUGGAGAGAAGCCUGGAUCGGCAUUUGGUCCAUGGUUGAAGGAGGAAACGCCGUCGAGAGUAAAGACUGUCUCGCCUGAUGGGACCACUGCGAAACAUGAUAAAACUCCGAGUACGACACCGGUCCAGGGUCUCGAACAGUCCAGCAGUGAGAAGAAAACGGCCUCACCUGCACGUCCUGUCACACCUACAAAGAACAAUGCAGACACCAGAGCACAUAGUCGCCUCGGCUCUGAAGUUUCUGAGGGGAAUGUAUCUACUGUGGCAUCAUGUGGAACUCCAUGCGACAUCCACCAUAUUCUGGAUUCGUAUGGAACCACGGAUGAAGAAUGGGCUCGUAACAAUGUGGAACUUAUUCAUGCACCCUAUCCAUACCACGGCCUCGGGCAAGGAGGGCCUUCCUUAUUUCAGUCAGCUCUUCCUCGUGUUGUUAAUGAAGAUGGCGCUGUUAUCAUUACUUGUCCACCGAAUCUUCGACCCGCGAAGUACAAAGUGACAAUAGCUUUGCUUACAUCCUUGGAUAAGGGAACCCCGAGAGGAUGGUUGAAUUUUGUCCUCACAGGCUUACCUCGACUGCAGAAUCACGAUACAGGCUAUUUGUAUUUCUGGACUCCGCCAGGUCAGGGCUUGGAGAUCCGUACCACGGAUCUGAAACGACACACCCUCAUCGAGGGCUGUAUGAUGGGUCAAUUUCCGAUCUUUGAAAGGCUUGUCAUCCCAGUCCGGCCAUGCGAUGGACGAUUCUAUGGCUUUUUGAAGGACUUUAAAGUGACGCAGACUAUCCGUACUGACAUGGUGGAUGAUGAAGACCCGCGGAUGGUAACUGUCAAGUAUCAUGCUGUGUGUAUGAUUGAUUUGAUCCAGCGCAGUUUCUGGGCCGAGAAAUGUGGUGUCACUCUCUAUGUGUACGGAGGACCCGAAGGGGACUUCUCGUGCCACCUUCAUGACCCGCGCGAUCGGCUUCAGACUGUUCACUUGGAUGUUUCGCCUAAUGAUCGCGUGGGAAUUUCCGAGAUUCAAAUCAUCUGUUCGCCUUCCAACCUGGAAAUGCUCACAAUUACCUGGGAGACUCGACUUCCGCGCGAGAAUGCUUCAGCAUGGAUGCCUCGGGUUCUGGGUGGAAUGGAUAUGGAGGGUAUCAUCGACGAAAAACAAUGUAAAUAUUCUCAGGCGGAGGAUGAAAGUACAUUGGAUAUCCUCAAGGUGGUCCCAAAUGCAGGGACUGAGCUGAUAAUUCGUGCACCUACGCCUGAGCCCGCACCUGAGUCCCGGGCUGAAGAACCCCAGACACCGAAGUCAUCCUGGAUCCAGCCCAGACUGGUGAUCAUUGCAAUUAUCACUAUCUUCCUACUAGCUCGUCUUACUCUGGGACUACUCAACCCCGAAGAUCCAUACGGAAAACUCCUUGCGAGUGUGUCUGGUUCGGGUUGGGUGGAGAAUGAAAUUGGGAAAGGGAAUAAUUGUGAUAAUGAGAAUGGUACGAAGAAUUCACUUGAUGAGGUAGCUCACCCUGCUGGUUUGGCGUCUUCUGUCAAUGUGACUGAAGAUGCAUCACAUGAGACUGUUAUGCCGCUACGGGAUCGCGUUGACUAUUUCUUGGGAUGGAGAGGCCCGUUCAAUGGGCUUUAG